AUGGAAUCAGAUGAUCAAGGAUGGACUCUCGUUGCUCGGUUCUCUAAUAAUGACACCAAAAAUUGGAUGGCAGACAGUGGUGAAUGGUGGUAUGACAAGAAUGUUGCUGCAGGAGAAACAACUGAUCCAUCUGGCAACACUGACAUGAUUUCUUCAGCUUUCUGGUUGGUCGGCGCCAUAGAGUUCAAGAUCACGCGCAGUGAUGAUCCUCAACACACCGCUCUGUUGCAGACCAUAAAUAACUGUCUAGGGGGACAGACUUUUAGAUCAAAAAUAACGAGUUACGGAAAUUUCAGAAAUGGCGCUGUUUGGGCCAGCAAUAGCUGUCAAGAAAGUUGCACUGUUCAAUACGAUGGUCAUUUCACUAUAACAAAAGGUUUUUCACAGGCUGGCUGCAGCUCACAGCUCCAAAGUGCUACCAAGAUUGGCUUUUGGUGUGACUGGGGCAAUGGGGAUGGAGCUGUGAUAAUGAUUGGCGGAGGGGGAAAUAACUGUGCUCGUGCAGAUCAUGGGAUUGGAGUAACGGAAUCUAACCAAGGCUCCUUCGUGUAUCAUGCUAGUGGUAGUCAAAAAGAGGAGGAUUUUGGUGAUUCACCUACAGAGUUAACGAAAAAUUACUCGUUAAACAUGUGGAUACGUUGA